UUCAUCUCAAGAUUUUUCUCAACCUCUUUCUUUCGUCAAUGUAUGCGCGAUUUCUUCACAUUCGGCAUCUAGGAAACACAACUCCGAGCGCCACAUAGCACACAAUGGACCAAAUACACUAUAUGGAAUCACUCGCGUACAUACCAUGGCGGGGACCACGUGGUUGGCCUGGCUAAACGGGGUUGCAUACGGCAAUUACACUGCAGCACCUGGGGAUGUCACAGCCCAUGCAAGCCUCUUCAGGCCGGUACUUCAUCCUGAACAAGGAGCGAGCAAACUGCAGACACUGCAGAAACUGGGGAAAAUCAGCCCAUGCCUCGGCUAUUCUCGCCCCAUACGUUACCAAUCUGGGGACGGUUCUUCCCCGUACGGCCAAGCUGACGCCCACGUGAGUGCAAUUAGCCGGCGGCGGACUGCCGUUCCUGUCAAGGAACUAAUCCCUUCAUUUCGGACUCACUUCGCCUCUGCUCUUGGUAUACCACGCGGAGGUGGCUAAUUGUGCAGAGCGCCUACGAAAUUGCGGUCGGGAUGCGGUCCGGAAAGCCGUCGUGCUCUACUGAGCUCGAGGAAAACAGCUUCACGAUCUAUCUUGUCUAUAGAAUUGUAUAGACAGCAGAGCG